AAAUUUAAAAUUCCUACAGUCGUAGAUCCGAGUGUUAUGGAAGCGGAUCCUGGAUCCGGGUAAUAAUUGGAGUCCCCUCAACCAGAAACACGACCAAAAACUUUUCACCAUCUUCCAAUCUUUUCUCUUCUAAACUUCAACACACACUCUCUCUCUCUCUCUCUGAUCUCGAUUCCGUCUACGAUGAGCUCGGAGGAAGCCAAGGUCGUUGUGCCAAGGAACUUUAGAUUGUUGGAAGAGCUAGAGAGAGGUGAGAAAGGUAUCGGAGAUGGUACGGUGAGCUAUGGAAUGGACGAUGCUGAUGAUAUCUAUAUGCAAUCCUGGACUGGCACCAUUCUCGGCCCUCAUAAUACUGCAUACGAAGGGAAGAUCUUCCAGCUGAAGUUGUUCUGUGGUAAGGAGUACCCAGAGAGUCCACCAAGUGUGAAGUUCCAGACCCCGAUAAACAUGGCCUGCGUUAACCCUGAGACUGGAGUGGUUGAACCGAGUCUCUUCCCUAUGCUCACUAACUGGCGGCGAGAAUACACAAUGGAGGACAUUCUGGUUAAACUGAAAAAAGAAAUGAUGACUUCUCAUAACCGCAAGUUAGCUCAGCCCCCGGAAGGUACCGAGGAAGCUAGGGCAGAUCCAAAGGGACCAGCCAAGUGCUGUGUGAUGUGAAGAGAGAGGUUGGGGCUGUCAACAAUUUGUAUUAAUAUAAAGGACAAUGUAUAUAAAAACAUCAUUUGAAGCUUUUGGAAAUUGCCUACAACUUAAUGUUGUAGUGUUGUUUGAGAUUAUAUAUAUAUAUAUAUGUCCACCAAAAACAGGUGAUAAUUAUCCUAAUAAACUUCCCCUCUUCUAAAUU